AUUUUUUCCAAUUAGAAUUAGGUAAUUCUCAAAGUUACGAGAGAAUUUGCAGAAUGGCUAGUAACUAUGAAGACAAUGUGGCUGAAUUUAAAGAACGGAAACAUAAAGCCUUUGUUGUGGGAUAUACUGGUGAAUCUGGAAAAGAAUUAGUAAAACAGAUUCAAGCUGCUGAUAUUUUCGAAAAAGUUGUUUUAAUUGGUAGAAGAGAAGUUCCUCCUGAAAAUAUCAGUGGCGUGGAUUAUGAACAAAAAGUAGUCGAUUUUGAUAACUUAGAACAACAUGCUGAAGUUUUUAAUGAUUGCGAUAUUGGAUUUUGUUGUCUAGGAACAACCAAAGCCAAGUCUGGAGCUGCUGGUUUUUUAAAAGUUGACUAUGAUUAUAUAUUAUCAGUGGGACAAAUUGCUAAAAGUAAAGGCUGUAAACAUUUUAGUUUAGUUUCAUCACAAGGAGCUGACAAAGAAAGUUCUAUGUUUUAUUUAAAAACAAAGGGGCAAGUUGAAGAAGCCUUAAAGAAUCACCAGUUUCAAAGAUUAUCUGUAUAUAGACCAGGAGUUCUGAUGUGUAACAGACAAGAGAGUCGACCAGGUGAAGCUAUAGCUAGACUUUUUCUAAAACCUGUAGCAGCCUUAUUUCCUACUGCCAUUACAACACCAGUAGAAACACUGGCCAAGGCCAUGAUCAAUAAUGUGAUGAUGAAAUCGGAAAAAACUUAUGAAAUAUAUGAGAACAAAGCAAUACAUGAACUAGCUAAAGUAGGAAAAGACAAAGGAGGAUGCAAAUAGUUAUAGUGUUAAAAUCAUAUCAAUAUAUCCUUGUUGAUAAAUCUUUCAUUCUUCAAAUUGCUGGGAAUUUGUGUUUAUUGAUGUACCUAUUGCAUUUAAAAUUCUGUGUACUUUGAAGUCAAUUUGUUGUCAUGUUUUGUUGUCAAUAUUAUGAAAACAUUCCGGUUUAAUGCGCACACACAUAAACAAAGAAGCAGAGGUAUUUAGCACUUGCUAACUAUAUUCCAUAUUUGGUAUGAAAUGCAAAGUAAAUGUAGUGUUAGUUGAAUUUUUUCAUUAACCAAAAAAAGUGCUAUUUAACAACAUUAAUAAUAGUUGCAUUUUGAAUAUGAGAUGAAAUUUAUUUCAGAAUUAGAAAAUAUUGUGCUCAAAAAGGGAUAAAAUGCCAAGGUCAUUACUUUUAUGCGUGGAAACUGUAUAUUUAACACAUUGUUUUAUUUAUAUUAAUUGAUGAAUAACAUACUUGUAUAUUGUGUUUUUGCUUAUUUAUGUACAUAUGUUUUAAAACUGUAAAUUUUUGAAAAAAAAUAUCCCCAUUUUAAAAUUAUUAUGUCAAA